UCCAAAAGUACUGCAGAUCAAAACUAAUCAAAUUCGGAACGUGAUCAUAGAAAUUAUGGCCAAAGAAGCGAACAUUACUAUUUCUUGUAAAUGGAGCAUGGAGGAACGAGAAAAGAUAUUAGCUACAGGAACGCUAGAACAAAAAAAAGAAGCCUUUAAAGAUGACGAAGAAUUAAUGAGGGAAACGACGAAAUUUGUAUGUGAAGUUAUACAAACAGCAACCACGGAAGCUUCGAAAAGAAAAGUGUACACUGAGAAAGGAGACAGCAGUGAAGGAAGUAGACUGAAGGGUGUCACCAGCAUCGCUGAUUGGAAUCAUCGUGCACGUGGGUUCUGCAGUCGAAUACUGAACGCGCUCUGUCCAUGCUUCACUAGCAAUGAAUUAUUCGCCUGGACACCGUACCGAUAUCGCUUCACGAGACCUUAAUCGUUUGCUGCCUCCCAGAAUUACUGUGUUUUGCCGAGCAACUGUUAAUCCGAUUCAUAAAAUAUUAAACAACACAAAUACUUGUGAGAAAUGCAAAAUAAUGUAAAUUAAUGAA